ACAUAAAAUGUUGCGAAAAAUUUUAAUCUGGAAUCGGACAACUCUAAAAAUUUUUAAGCGAUUUUAUGAUCAGAAAACAAAUCACAUGUAUAAAUAAGUCUUAUGUUGAAAAAGAACUACAUUUUACGAAAGAUAUAUGUGAUAGAGGAAAAUCACAAAAAUUGGAGUGCAGAGCUCAAAAUGGUGAGUGUUUGAAUUUAUAAACUGUAAUAUUAAUAAUAUAAUUUAUAAACUGCAAUACUAAUAAUAUAAUAAAGAAAAAUUUUUUUAAAUAUAUAAAAAUACAUAUGCUGACUUUUUAAUUUAAUUGCCAUAUGUAACAUUUUGCAGGAUAGAUUCUUCAAUUAACAACAUGAACUUGUUCAUAAAAACUAAUUAAAGCGCUUCGAAAAAUUUCAAUCUCGAAUCCGAUAACUCUGAAAUUUUAAAGCGUACGAUCAGAAAACAAAUCACAUGUGUAAAUAUGUCUCAUGUUGAAAGAGAACUAUACCGGACGAAAGAUAUAUAAUAGAGGAAAAUCAUAAAAAUGGGAGUGCAGAAUUCGAAACGGCAGGAUGCAGGUGACGACAUAAUAUCGCAAAAGUCUUUAGAUGCAGUGAAAGAACUUAUACAUUUUUUGAAAGAGCAUGCUAGAGUGGAAGGACUCUUUCGUCGAGCAGGACGUCGUGAGCUUCGACGGCAUAUUCUUAAUUCUCUAAAGAAAGGUCAUAAGCCACACUUCGAAGAUUCAAACAAUGCAGCUCUGGAAUGCGCGGCGGCUUUACAGAUUUUUCUCAGCCAUCUAAAAAAGCCGAUUAUGCCACAGCAUGUGCAAGAAUUGAUCCUCGCUGACAAUCCAGGUGUGGAAGCACAAAUUAUUGCGCAGGAUGCUUUAGGACUUAUUAGACAGGAUGUCGGUGGUCGUCAUGGCGAGCUUCUGAUUGACGUCUUAGAUCUUUUGAGACACUUGACUUUAUCAGGACCUCCGUCUGAGUGCUCUGAACUGCGCGGAUCUCCUUUGCCCAUCGCUCUUUUGCCAGUGUUUUUUAAUCUAUCGCCUAAUGAUUUAAUAAGAUGGAAGGAAGUAGCAGCUAGGUUCAGCGAAUUAAUUACGGAAGCCGCCGCACAACUUCGUCGGAAUGAGCAACGUGGCAUUCGUAGUGAAACUAUGCUAAAUUCCUCGACAAGUUAUGCCAAUAUAGCUUCGACUUCGCUAGAAGAGUCUGAAGAAUUAACGAGAUUACAAGAACUUUCCUUGUUGUAUCCUCUCGUUCGAUUGACGGAUCAUUGUAAUGCUUGUCAUGUUGGUGAGAUGGCACGUGUUCUCAUUACACCAUUGCAACAUCCGGUCGUCAGUAGGUUACACUCGAUAAUUAUUAAUCCUAAUUAGAUGAUAAUGGAGUAAAUAUGCAAAUUAUUUCUGGAUAUAAAUCAUUGUGUCUAUAUUGUUGCAAUUUUAUUUAUGUUAAUUACUGAGUGAUUCAAUUGUAUUUCAAUUAAAAUAUUACAUUUGUUCAUAAAUAUUAUGUGCUGGCUAAUUAAAAAUAAAAA